GGGACCAGUACUGUGCCAGACGAAACUCCAGGAGAGGACAUAGCAAGAUAUGGUAAAUGAAUUCGAGGAUGUCGAUUCGAAGCUGUCACGUGUAGGGAGCGACGGAUACUGCGUUCCUCUCUCUGGUCUUCUUCAGUGAAGUGCGAUCGUGCCAAUGACUUCCCCACUUGAGACUGAGUCACUGUGUGGCAUUGACUUUGGGCAAGUUAAGCCGAAGGCACUUGUCUCAAUAUGCUAGAGUAGUAUACAACUCUUCGGGAGUGUCUGUCGACAAAGAUCCUGCAACUCUCUGAUUGCUCGAACUGCAGAUCGAUUCCAGCUGUGCCUCGAGGCCCAUUGUGACGGCAAGAAACGAUUCGCUUUCCCUAUCUUGUUCUACCUUCUCCUCACGCGAAAGUCCUCGUCACCUGUUGACAGUCUCCACUCCUCUGUGCUUUCAAGUUCAGUGACAGCCAGGCCGCCCUUCGUUCAUCGACCCUCGCAACUACUGGAUUACGAGCUCUGGGCAUCCACCAUCAAUUCAAGGUGCUUCAGAGUUUUGCAGACUGAAGUUAAAAGUACUAGCAAUAAUCUGUCGCCCAUUGCACAGGUGUGGGAGCUUCAGGGCACAUUCAUGGCAACCAUGAGGGAGCUUCCGUCCAUCAGAGAAAUUCUGGAAAAUUGGACGUCAGAGAGUGACUCGGAAGUGCAGGCGUUCCUGCACUUGACACUUCCGGAGGUUAGUAGUCUGUCUCUGACUUCUGCCAGGAUCGGCGAUGGAGGAAUAAGCGCCCUGGGAAGGGCGCUUCAAAAAAGGUCUUGUCCUCGCCUUGAAGCCCUGGAUCUGUCAGGAAAUGAAAUUGGAAGCACAGGAAUGUCGGAUGUAGCCACGGCCAUAGAGACAGGCAAUUUGUCGAACUUGCGAGAGCUCUACUACAUAGAUAGACUCUUCGGAGAUGACCAAGUGGCUACAUUGGCAUCUGCAUUGGGAUCAGGUUCCGUUCGGGCGUUGAAAUCUUUGGCUCUGGGAGGAUGCUGGCAGGAAGGAGGUGUAGUUGGACGACAGGGAGUGGAAGCUCUGUCGGCGGCAUUUCAGUCAGGGAAUUUGUGGCUUUUGGAGGAGCUGAGUUUGAAUUGGGUCAGGGCUCCAUGGUCGAACUGGGGAAACAGUCUUGAAAGAUCGAAGGAGAUCAGUCAGGAAGGAGUGGCGGGAAUCAUGCGAGCGCUGGAAGCAGCUCAAUUGGUAGUCUUAAGGUCGCUUCACUUCAGAAACUGCUCCAUCGGGGAGGAAGAGGCCAAAGCUAUCGGCAUUGCUCUCCAACAACCGCACUUUUCUUCCUUGGGCGAGUUGAGAGUCCAAUUCGAAGACAUUGAAGGUGGACCGACCCUCAGCCCUAUCGGAUUUCAUUCCAAAGCCAAAGAUGGAAUUCUGGCCGAGGCCCUUUUUGGGGCUUUCAAAACGGGAAAUCUCAGCAGCUUAAAGAUCCUUGAUUUAAAAGGGGUGGAGUUACAGGAGCAGCAUUUGCUAGAACUCGCUGGAGUUUUGGAGGCAGGGCACCUGCCCGGGCUCAUUCUGCUCACGCUCUCCAGCCCCAUAACCCAUAACUUCGCCAAGGCACUAGUCAGGGCAUACAGGAAGAACAGAUACUUAGUUGCUGAACUCCAGCAACCAAACAUGGGCAGAGUGGCUUGGCCAAAUCUGUCGUCUCACAUCAAGGCUGAUGGUUUCAGAAGGCUCAACAUGGAGUUUGUCAAAAGUCGACACAUUCCUGCAGCUGGAGAACCGCUGUCGAGAUGUUCGAGCGAGCAAACUAUUCUGUCAUUAACUGGUCGGCUUACUCUGGUCAGAAGAACUAGCUUCAAAGCAUUAAAAAAGUCUCUCAGCGGUAACUGGUUCAGAUGCUGUGUCACGGGAGGCUUUGAACAAAUAAAGGAAUGAAUUAUCAGAUAGUUGAAUCACUGCAAACCUCAUUGUCUGCAGUUUCUCGAUGACGUUU